AUGCAGCACCUCUGGCUUUCGCAGACCGCCGUCCUCCUCCGCCUGUGGUACCGGGAUCUCCUCGCAAAAUGCCAAGAAGCCGCAAAAUCCGUUCGCGCUGCUGUCGCCGCCACUGCUGCUGCCGGUGCCAGCACCAGCGCCAACGCCGGUAGCGGCGGCGGCGGAAGCGGCGCGAUCCAGGGGCAAAUUUGGCGGAUAGGGCGGUUCGGGCGGGGAAUAGGGUAUCAGAUCGGCGACCAGUUGCGCAAGGUGCACCUGGGGGGACGGCGCCGAUGGUUAUUCCUGAGCGUCUUCAUCCUCGCUUCCGCAACCAUGCAAAUGUCGUGGCCAGUGCGGCAGCAGGGGAAGCGACACGCCGCCACGACGCUUCCGGCGUCCUCGUUCCUGGCGGUGCAGCAGCGGGGCGACGGGGAUGACAGUAACGGGGAUGCGCGAAUGGUGGGUGAUGACGAGAUGCCGUUUGCGGAUUCGCGUGAUUGGACGAGCCAGCGGCGAAGGGGGGGGCGCGCGGAGGGUGCUUGGGGCGCAGCGGACAGAGAAUGGGGAGGGAAAGGGGGAACGGAGGGACAGGGGGAGAAUGUUACCAGCAGAGUGGGCACGCAAGAUUGGGUGGGAGGGCUCGUGGAUGGCGGUCAGGUGAAUGUGAGCGGUGGUUUGGGCGCGAAUGGCACGGUGGGGGGAGGGACGAAUAGGAGUGCGGAAGGGGCGGAGGUGCUCCUGGGGAGGAGCGCAGACGGGCCGCUGGGUGGAAAGGGAACACCGACAGGAGGAGGAGAACUGGGAGGAGAGGUAGGAAGGGGAGGGGCUGGUGGAGCGAGAGGGGUUGCGGAAGAAGGCAGGUACUUGGGUGAGUAUGGAGGGAAGGGAGGAGCAGGAGGAGGGGGCAGUGGGGCAGGAAAAGGAGAAGGGAAAGUGGGAAUGGUAGGGGAAGGAGGAAGUAGAGGAGGAGGAGAAAAAUAUGAACCGGUGGAGGGCGGAAAUGAGAAGAUGAGCAUUGGUGGGCAAGCAGGGGGUGGAGACGCAGGGGGUAGAGAGGCAGGGAACAAGAGUUCCUCCGAGGGAGAGCCACGGUCUUAUGGGUACUGGCGAGCAGGAGGCAAGGGCGGGGAAGCGGGGGGUUUGGGCAGCGAGCGGCGAGGCGGGUCAUUGGAGGGUGCAGGUGGCAAUGGGGGGGAUGGGCGGAGAGUGGAUGUGCGAGAGCGGUAUGAGAGGGACGGGCGGGACAAGGUGGCAGGCCGCGGAUGGUGGGGGUGGGGGAGGAGCAGUUGGAGUGGAAGAGGGCAUAAGGGGGAGAGAAGGGGGGAGAAGGAGAGUGGAAGAGGAGAAGAUAGGGGAGGAGGGGGGACUCGACGUGCGGAGGAGGGGGAAGGUAGGGGAGGUGAAGGGGGGAGGGCGUGGAGAGAUGGGCUGGGGGAGGGGAGCAGGGAGGCCUGGGCGAGGAGGGAGAGAGAUGGAGAAGCGAGGGAAGAAGGGGAGAGUGCAGGAGGGGAGAGGGAAGCAGGAGUGCGGCGUGAGUGGGGCAGCAGAGGUAGUGAAGGGAGCAGUGGAGGUGCGGCUAGUGGCAGGGGCCCACUGGGGAGAGACGGUUUGAGUCAUGGAGUUACCCAAGGUCCUCCAGAGGGAGGGAGCUCGCACACGCAGGGAGGAGCAGAGCAGGGCAGGUUGGGGAGAGACUCGCGGAGUGGGGAGCAUGGAGGGCCCAGGGACGAGAGGGAGUUGUGGGAGGAAAGGCGGAGGGACCAGGGCGCGCAUGGGUUGGGAGGAGGGGGGCCGGAGGAGGCAGGUGGAGGGUUCUCGGGGGCCAGGCAAGGGCCAGGAACGUUCGUGGAAAGCAAGGAGUGGGGGCGCGGAGUGGCAGGGAAUGGCAGCUCUGCAGUGGUCCAGAGAGGUGGGAUGGGGGAGAUGAAGGGCAGUGCGUUGGUAGAUAGGGGCGUUGAAGGUGCCGUGGUUGGUAGGGGUGGCAUGGGGGCCCCAGCAGCACCAGCAACGCCAACAACACUAGCUGCACCAGGAGCACCAGUGGGGGGACAGGGAGGAUGGUCUGGGAGUGUGGUGGGACGAACGGGUGCAGCAGGGGUGCAGGCAGGGGAGCUACAGGGGGGAAAAGAGGGCGGGGGAGGGAGAGGGGCAGGAGGGGCUGUGGGAGGGACAGGAACGGGGGCUGGUUCGGAUUCAGUUCGUGGGUCGGUGGUGGGGAUAGGAGGUGGGGGAGGAGGAGGGGGAGGAGGAGCAGGGGGGGUUGUGGAGGGUGCAUCAUCGGCGGAGGCAUUGUAUGGGGCUUCAGUGCAACCUGACGUGCAUGUGGUGGCAGAGGGUCUGCUGCCCAACCGGUUGCAGGCAGUGUGUGUGGCGCACGCCCUCACGCGCGCCUCAGGCCUCUCCGUGCGCCUGCACUGGCGCCAGCACAUGCUGCUGCCCCCUUCCGCCACUCACACCACCACACAACCAGGCACCCUCUCAGCCACAGCCACAGGAAAGGGCACAGGGGUAGGACCAGGGGGAGGAGCAGGGACAGGCGCUGGUGCCGGUGUGGAGGGUGUAGGGGGUGUGGGCGCGGGUUUUAUGGCGGCGGCGUUUGAGGAUCUGCUGAUGCCGCUGCCAGGCAUGACAGUGGAUGUGCACGAGGAGGUGGUGGCGCUGCCGGGCGAGCAGGGCAAGGCGGGGUUUGCAGGCACGGAUGCGCAGGCGGGCAUGGGAGGGUUCAAGCCUCCUGCUGGCUUUGUGCUGCACAAGCUGCCAAUGGAGGCACCUGCGUGUGGCCCGGCGCCCUUUCACCAGCGCCAGCACGGCCCCAUCCUGCUCUACCUCUCCUCGCCCGCUUUCCACUCGCACCAACUUGUCAGUUGCCCCUUUCCACACUCUGCUCCUAUCCUUCCGGCUCCCCUCUUUCCCGCUCCCUCCCAUGUUCGGUACGAUCUUGCUCCCCUCUCAACCCCUCUCACCAUCCCUCACCCCCUCUCAUCUCCUCCCAACGCCUCUUACCCCCUCUUGCCCCUCAACCCCUCGCACCCCCCCUUGCAGCAAGAGUGCAUACAGGGCAUCAUCAACGCCACGUCAGCUUGCCAGCUGGCGGCGCCUCUCAAGACGUGCUACAGCCAGCUGGCGCCGGCGGCACCCGUAGAGCAGCUGAUGGCCAAUGAGAACAUGACACGUGUGCGCGAGUCCACAGGGGUGUACUUUGAGGGCCCCACAUCAUCCCCAGUGCUGUACGGCGGCUUCCUCUGCCCGGCGCCAUGGGUGCUCAACUGCUCGCUGCACCGCCUGCUGCACCGCAUGCUGCACACCCCCUCCGCCACCUUCACCACCGCCUCCUUCUUCCCCUCCUUCUCCACCGUGCUCUCCCGCGCCCUGCACCCCUCUCGUCUUCCCAUCCUGCUCGCUGCCUCCGAGCGCCGCUACACGCUCUGCUCCUUCUUCCGCCCGCCGUCCCUGCCUAUCCGCCCCCCCCAGCCGUCGAUCAGCGAUGCCCACCAUCACCAUCCUCCCACUCUCUCCUCAUCUCCCUUCAACCCCCAUUCUCCCCGUGCCUCCGCCACCACAACCUGUCACCCUCUCCCCCCCACCAACAGCCCUACCAACUCCUCUCGGGCCACAGCGGGAGCCAGAAGGCGGCUGUUGCAGGCUCAGAAGCCCAGGGCUAGCGGUUCAAAGAAGGUGGCAGGCGGAAAGCCUGGCGGUGUGCUGGAGGGCGGUGCAGCAGGUGCUGCCGGCAGGAAGGGCAAGGCAUUUCCUCUGGACGUCGCCAGGCAGUGCGACCAGCUGUGGCUGGCGGAGCUGUUCACCCUGGGGCGCGCGCGGGCACUGCUGCACCUGGCGCGCUCCAUAGAAUCCGACUUCAUCGCCUCGCAGGCCGCAGCAGCGGAGGCAGCGGAGCGACUGGAAGCCGAGGCGAACGCCGUGCUGGCAGGGAUAGACGUGUUCCUUGCUUUGUACCACAAUGAGGGGGGCGAUGGGCACGGGGGGAGUGGUGGUGGUGGUGGUGCUGGGGGGGCUGGUGCGAAGGGGAAAGGAGGGAGUGGGGGGGGUGGGGCGUCGCGGUUUGCGCUGCUGCCGCUGAUUCCCAGCACAGCCCAGGCUAUGAGCUUGUUCUCGAAGAGCACUGUGGCGCAUCAGCUUAUAGUGGAUGAGCGCCUGAGCGCCAUGUACUGUUUCAUCCCCAAGGUGGCAUGCACCUCCUGGAAGGUCUGGUUCCGCACCUACCACCGCCUGCCCAACCCCGCCAGCAUCGACUGGGCGCACGCACCUGGUGCCAACGGCCUGCCCGAGCUCUGGUUUGCCUUCAACGAGGCGGAAGCGCUGCGCGCGCUGUCGGAUAGAAGGCUGUUCCGGUUUGUGUUCCUGCGGGACCCGUUUGCGCGCGUGGCGUCGGCGUACUUGGAUAAGCACGUGGCGGGGGGCGUGGGGAGCAAGGGACGGAGAGCGAGUGGGAGCGAGGAGAGGAUACUCAAAGGGCGCCAGCAGUGGAACAUGCUCUUAUUCGGCCGGGUGCCGAAGCUGCUAAUGCAGCUGGCAAACCCGGUGUCCCACCUGCUGUCCUUCCGUGACUUCGUCUACCUCAUCGAACGAGUGCCCAAGGAUUGGCUUGAACCACACAUUGCACCGCAGGCGCGCCUGUGUGGGUUACAUGACAUCAAGUACGACUUUGUGGGGCGCCUGGAGUCCCUGGAGCGAGAUGCCGCUGCCGUGCUGCACCGCCUGGGGGACCUGCCCUCCUACAACCUCUUCUCCUCCCCUACCUCUGCGGCCUCGCUCGCUGACGCCGAUGCUGCUGCCGACCCUGCCACUCUCGCUCUCGCCAUGAGUGCUGCAGCUGGCGCUGCUGGUGCUGCAGGCAACAAGGCGCAGCCGGGAGUGGGGCAAUUCCAUGUGACCAACGCAGCGAGCAAGCUGCUGGAGCUGUACGAUAAGGAGACGUAUGAACGAGUGAAGCGGAUAUACUGGGUUGAUCUGAGCAUCCCUCUCAACAAUAUCACUGCAGACAUCCCCCGCGUGUUGAGAGAUAAGUUUGAAACGCCCAAAAAAGCGCCUACAAAGCACUAG